CAAGAUAAAACGCGCGCGCCAAUAACAAUUCAAGUUAUCGAAUUUAUUAAAAACCAUUUGAAAAAAAAAAGUGUGAAACUUCUGCAAUUUUGUAUGUUCAAAAUUUGUUGGCAAGUUGUACUGUAUUUCUACUCACUCGAUUCUUCUACACAUUUCGGAUACAAUCAUCCAAAUCUUCUGGUUCUGUGAUUCUGGUGUGCCAAAUUUACUCAAAAUUCGAAUUAAAUAAUUUUCUGAAACCUUUUUUUGGAUAAUCAACUGCUGAGAUAAAUAAGAUCUGCAAAUUUUUCCUAAUAUAUCAAAGACAAAUGCCGCUACGUAAUUAAACCAUAAACAACGACAAAAUGGAAUUGGAAAUGUUAUCCUUUGUUUGCCGUAAGCCGCUGAUUUGACAACGUGCUGCGCCUGCGGUUUAAACGGUAGUACCACGCGGCUCGAGCUUUGCUUCAGCUACUUAUUCACUACUCAACUGAACUAUCGACUUUAGUUAGCUGUGGCCUGUCGAACGCAGCUGAACUUUUCCAAAGCGCAACAACUCUGACUCCACAUUUUCGGCGCGUCUAAUAAGUGUGUACUGUUACGCACAACUUUACGCCACUUUCUCCGCUGAGAAACUUUACCAGAAAACAUAUACAUAGACACACAAUUGCCAUGUCUCGCACUACGGCUAACAGGCGCAGAACGAUAGGACGGCAUCCGCUUGCGUUCUGCAAUUCCGUCUUCAUCCUCAGCGUCGUGCUCCUGCUACACACACACAACUGUCAUGCGGACGGCAUGCAACAUUUGGCGGAUAGCGGCGGUGGUGUUGGCAUGGGCGGCAUGGGCUCCCAUUCGUUGGAUGUCAGUCCCGCGCCUGGCUACGGGCUCCCCGCCAUACCAAAGGAUCCAAAUUCUCGCUGUGAAGAGAUCACUAUACCAAUGUGCCGCGGCAUUGGCUACAACAUGACCUCCUUUCCGAAUGAAAUGAACCACGAAACACAGGACGAAGCGGGUCUGGAAGUACAUCAAUUUUGGCCGCUCGUAGAAAUCAAAUGCUCGCCCGAUUUGAAAUUCUUUCUCUGUUCUAUGUACACGCCAAUCUGUUUGGAAGAUUAUCACAAACCGUUGCCUGUUUGUCGUUCGGUUUGUGAACGUGCACGCGCUGGUUGUGCACCCAUCAUGCAGCAGUACAGUUUUCAAUGGCCAGAGCGUAUGGCUUGUGAGCAUUUGCCACUCCAUGGUGAUCCCGAGAAUCUCUGUAUGGAACAGCCCUCGUAUACUGAGAGUGGCAGUGGCGGUUCAGGCCGUGAUGGUUCGUCAGGCGGUUCGAGUAGCUCAGGUGGCGGUGGUGGCGGCGGCGGUAGUGGUGGUAAACGCAAGCAGUCUGGUGGAUCAACUUCACAGAAAUGCAAAGGCAAAAAUUCAAAAAACUGCCAAAAUUCCCUAGGAGAAAGAACAAACACAAAGGAAUGCACGUGCACGUGUCUCAAACCACUACUACUCCUGGGGAAGGAAGCGCUCAUGCAGCCACCACUCAUGCACUACCCGUGGUACAUGAAUUCAACUGUACAAAGAAUCGCCAGCGUUCCAAAUUGCGCGAUCCCUUGCAAGGGCCCAUUCUUCACAAACGACGAAAAGGACUUCGCCGGCGUAUGGAUCGCCCUGUGGUCGGGUCUAUGCUUUUGCAGCACCCUCAUGACGCUAACUACGUUCAUCAUCGACACCGAAAGGUUUAAGUAUCCCGAAAGACCGAUCGUCUUUCUAUCUGCCUGCUACUUCAUGGUCGCUGUAGGAUAUCUCUCGAAAAACUUUCUGCAGAACGAAGAGAUCGCUUGCGACGGAGCUUUCUUAAGGGAGUAUUCGACUGGACCAAACGCGUGCACAAUGGUAUUCCUGCUAACGUAUUUCUUCGGCAUGGCAUCGUCGAUUUGGUGGGUUGUACUCAGCUUCACUUGGUUCUUGGCCGCUGGCCUCAAGUGGGGCAAUGAAGCCAUUACCAAACAUUCGCAAUAUUUUCACUUGGCCGCCUGGCUCAUACCCACAGUGCAAUCGGUGGCCGUGUUGCUGCUCUCAGCCGCGGAUGGUGAUCCCAUACUCGGCAUUUGCUAUGUUGGUAAUCUCAAUCCAGAUCAUCUGAAGACAUUCGUACUGGCACCGCUCUUCGUAUACCUCGUCAUCGGCACCACCUUCCUGAUGGCGGGCUUCGUUUCACUCUUUCGCAUACGUUCCGUAAUCAAACAACAAGGCGGCGUUGGCGCCGGUGUUAAGGCGGACAAAUUAGAAAAGCUUAUGAUACGUAUUGGCAUAUUUUCCGUCCUCUACACCGUCCCCGCAACCAUCGUAAUCGGAUGCUACCUGUAUGAAGCCGCCUACUUCGAAGACUGGAUCAAAGCGCUCGCUUGCCCGUGUGAACCGGUGAAAGGACCUGGCAAGAAACCAUUGUACUCAGUGCUAAUGCUGAAGUACUUUAUGGCACUGGCCGUAGGUAUUACAUCGGGCGUUUGGAUCUGGUCUGGUAAGACGUUAGAAAGUUGGCGUCGUUUCUGGCGUCGACUUUUUGGCGCACCUGAUCGCACCGGCGCCAAUCAGGCACUCAUUAAACCGCGACCGCCCAUACCGCAUCCGUACGCCGGCUCCGGCAUGGGUAUGCCUGUGGGAUCGGCGGCUGGUUCGCUGCUCGCCACACCAUACACACAGGCGGGCGGCGCAUCGGUGGCUUCCACCAGUCACCACCAUUUGCACCAUCAUGUUCUUAAACAACCGGCGGCGAGUCACGUAUGA